CGGAAUGAUGGAUAGAUGAGCGGACCAAUAACAGAGCACGUAGAUGGGCGGGGAUAAACUGGGGGCGGCUCCUCAUUGGUCGGGAGGGGGGUGUCGCUGUCAGCCAGCUCUGUGCUCGGGUUAGUUGUUGGAGCGCUGAGGUCUGGGUGAGUCCGGAGUACAGUGAGGAUAGAGGCGGUUCUUCCAGCGACUUUCACCGCGGGGUAAGGAGAACCAGGACUUGUAUUCUCUGCGAGCUAGCGAGGAACGUCGGGCAUUCACCGUGUAUAGGCUUCCUAAGUACUAUGGAGUUAAUCGACGUAGCGGAGCGGCCUAUUAAGGUCACAGAGUGGCAGAAAACUUACACCUACGAUUCCGGCAUCAACUCCGGCAUCAACACCUCUGCACCAUCGCUGAACGGCAAGACCGUGCUGAUGGAGGAUGACGACAUGGGCUACUCUCAACAAUACACGACUGUGAAGACCACCACAUACACGCAGCAGCAGCAGCAGCAAGGUCCAGACAUGGAGUCCCAGCUUGCCAUGACUCGAGCCCAGCGCGUCCGAGCGGCUAUGUAUCCAGAAACGGUGAAUGAUUCUACUUACCUGUUAACAACACAGAUUGAUGGACAGCAGACCAAUGUGCAGAAACUUGCAGAGCCUUCACAGAUGCUGAAAUCUGCCAUUGUCCACCUCAUCAACUACCAAGAUGAUGCUGAACUGGCCACCCGUGCCAUCCCCGAGCUGACCAAGCUCCUGAACGAUGAGGAUCCGGUGGUGGUGAACAAGGCCUCUAUGAUAGUCAACCAGCUCUCCAAAAAGGAAGCGUCCCGCAGAGCUCUAAUGCAGUCCCCACAGAUAGUCGCAGCCGUCGUGCGCACAAUGCAGAACACAAGCGACAUGGAAACUGCCCGUUGUACAACCAGCAUCUUGCACAACUUGUCCCACCAUCGAGAAGGACUUCUAUCCAUUUUCAAGUCUGGAGGAAUCCCUGCUCUUGUUCGUAUGCUCAGCUCUCCAGUGGAAUCCGUGCUCUUUUAUGCAAUCACUACCCUGCACAAUCUCCUGUUGUACCAGGAAGGUGCCAAGAUGGCCGUACGCUUGGCUGAUGGGCUGCAGAAGAUGGUCCCACUGCUUAACAAGAAUAAUCCCAAAUUUUUGGCCAUUACAACAGACUGCUUGCAGCUCUUAGCAUAUGGAAAUCAGGAGAGCAAGCUCAUCAUCUUGGCCAAUGGAGGACCUCAAGGUCUUGUGCAUAUCAUGAAAACCUACAACUACGAGAAGCUUUUGUGGACCACCAGCAGAGUGUUGAAGGUGCUGUCUGUGUGCCCGAGCAACAAGCCGGCCAUAGUGGAAGCUGGAGGAAUGCAAGCUCUGGGGAAACAUCUCACCAGCUCCAGCCCUAGGCUCGUACAGAACUGCUUGUGGACUCUAAGGAACUUGUCUGACGUGGCCACUAAACAGGAGGGCCUGGACAAUGUGCUGAAGAUCCUAGUGAACCAGCUGAGCUCGGACGAUGUCAACGUCCUGACCUGCGCCACCGGCACCCUUUCCAAUCUGACCUGCAACAACAGCCGCAACAAAACUCUGGUGACCCAAAGCAACGGGGUGGAGUCGCUGAUCCACACCAUCCUGCGAGCAAGUGACAAGGACGACAUUGCCGAACCGGCAGUCUGUGCUUUACGGCAUCUCACCAGUCGUCACCCCGACGCGGAGGUGGCUCAGAACUCUGUGCGACUUCACUAUGGCAUCCCGGCCAUCGUCAAACUGAUCGGCCAGCCCUUCCAAUGGCCGCUGGUCAAGGCGACCAUUGGCUUGAUCCGAAACCUGGCCCUGUGUCCUGCCAACCACGCCCCACUUCACGAUGCGGGGGUCAUUCCCCGUCUGGUGCAGUUGCUGGUUAAAGCUCACCAGGAUGCACAGAGACACGCAGCUUCAGGAACCCAGCAGCCAUAUACGGAUGGCGUCAGAAUGGAGGAGAUUGUGGAAGGCUGCACCGGAGCUCUGCACAUCCUGGCCCGUGAGCCUAUGAACCGCAUGGAAAUCUACAGGCUCAACACCAUUCCCUUGUUUGUGCAGCUCCUGUACUCCCCAGUGGAGAACAUUCAGAGAGUGGCGGCCGGAGUGCUGUGCGAGCUGGCCCAGGACAAAGAGGCCGCAGAGACCAUUGACGCUGAGGGAGCCUCUGCACCACUUAUGGAGCUCCUGCACUCCCGUAAUGAGGGUACAGCCACCUAUGCCGCCGCAGUCCUUUUCCGUAUCUCCGAGGACAAGAACGCUGAUUACAGAAAGAGAGUAUCUGUGGAGCUUACUAAUGCCAUCUUCCGCCAAGACCCCGCAGCCUGGGAGGCGGCUCAAAGCAUGAUCCCCAUUGGAGAUCCUUACCCAGAUGAAAUGGAGAAUUACCGCACCAUGUACGCAGAGGACCUUCCACCAGAUCACAUGGUUGACUUGGACCCAGAAUACCCCAUGGAUGGCUACAGUGACCAUGGAGGAAGGAUGGCAUACAAUGAUAACCUUAUGGCCUAAAUCCACACACUCGAGCUCCUCACUGUGGAAGAAAACAAUCCAGACAGAAGUGCCUACAAAGACCCUGUCCCUGCACCUCCUCUUAACCCAGUGUCUCCCCUUUUAAAAGAAGCUUUUAUUUGAUAGACUUUUCAUUUGCAUUUUUUAUUUUUAUUUUUGUUAAUCUUCAAAGCAUAAUGGGAUCUAGCAAUCGGCAUGCAGCGUAUUAACCCCUUCCAGGUUAAUCCGCGGCUCUGCUACGCCAUCCUUUUUACAUCUUCAUUGUUUUGCAUUAGCCUUUUUUUUUGUUUCUAAAGGAUUUAUAAAUAUAUAUAAUUUUAUUAUUUUUAAUUUUUUUUUUUCUUUUUUUUUUUUUAUAAUUUUAAUAUGCAAAGAAUUCUCUCUGCUUUUAUUUCUGCCAUAUAUUGCUCACUAUUUAGGAGCUGCAUUAAGAGGUUAAGUUACCUAGAUAACCAUCUUCUAUAGUGCUUCGUGCCCUCUGUAGUGACACACAUAGAGACUUGGCACACAUUUGGUUGGUGUUACUCUUGUUCUGUUUUUUUUUUUUUUUUUUUUUUAAUAAAUGGUUUCAGAUUUUAUACUUUAAUAUAAGCAAUUCACCUUGUGAAAAUUUGGGCAAAAAUAUACUUAAAAAUGUGUUCAUCCCAUCAAUAUCUACCUGCCCUGUUGUAGAUGGAUCAUUUAGAGCAGUGGUCUUCAACCUGUGGACCUACAGAUGUUGCAAAACUACAACUCCCAGCAUCCCCGGACAGCCAACGGCUGUCCGGGCAUGCUGGGAGUUGUAGUUUUGCAACAUCUGGAGGUCCGCAGGUUGAAGACCACUGAUUUAGAGCAUCCAAGCAUGCCUGAAUAUCAAAACUAGAGAUGAGCGAACUUACAGUAAAUUCAA